AUGAACUCGAUCAAGCGCCAGAAGCAGCGCAAGGUGCUUCUGAUGGGCAAGAGCGGUGCGGGCAAGUCCUCUAUGAGAAGCAUUGUCUUCAGCAAUUAUGUCGCCAAGGACGUGCGCAGGCUGGGUGCCACAAUCGAUGUCGAGCAUAGUAACAUCAAGUUCAUGGGCAAUCUGAUGCUCAAUCUCUGGGAUUGCGGAGGUCAGGACGGCUUCGUCGAGAAUUACCUCAACCAGUCACGCAACCACGUCUUCGGCUCCGUCGCCGUGCUCAUCUUCGUCUUCGACAUCGAAUCCCGCGAGUUCCAAGCAGACGUCAUCUCCUAUUCCAACAUCAUUCGUGCCCUCCAAGAAUGUAGCCCCAGCGCCAAAGUCUUCUGCUUGAUCCACAAAAUGGACCUUGUGCAGGCCCGCCUGCGCCAGGCAAUGUUCGAUGAGCGCGCAGACUAUAUUCGCGAGGCGAGCGAAGGCUUCAGAACUACAGUCGAAUUCUUUGCGACGAGCAUCUGGGAUCAGAGCUUGUACAAGGCCUGGACAAAGAUCAUCUACUACCUAAUCCCGAAUGCGGGCACCAUUGAGACACUAUUGGAGCAGCUCGCCGAGGUGAUUGAUGCUAGGGAGCUGAUCCUGUACGAGCGGACAACCUGCUUGACGGUUGCGCAUGUUACGAGGAAGACUGAGGAGCCCAAUCCCUUUACAGAUCGCUUCGAGCGCAUCUCGAGUAUUCUCAAGACGCAUAAGCAGAGUAUGGCCAAACACACAAACAUCCCCGCCGGUAGCGCAAACUUUGCCGAAAUGCAAAUCAAAACCGGGCGCUUCAUGUUCUUCAUUACCCGCCUGACCGAAAACACCAACCUCGCCGUCGCGAUCCCGCCCUCGGAACAGGUCUUCAACGCCGCCCGCGUCAAUAUCUUCCAAGUGCGGCCAAAGUUUGCCGAACUCGAUAUCGCAUCCAAGCCAAGACCACCCAUUCAGCAAGCGUUUGCGGGCUCGGCAGAUACUAGCGACAGCGGUGAGAAGGGCAAAGGGAAGGAACCGGCUCACCACGCUGGAAUAUAG